UGCGUUUGCGUGCGUGGAUGUCAUGGAGGACCGUGGCUUUAGUUAGUGAAUUGUCGCUCCCUACAGCUGCUGGUCCUGCUGAUUUUUUUUUUUUUUUGGGAUAUUAUCGACAUCUUGUGACUUCUUUGGUACGAGUGCGCAGGGGUUGCCAUUGAGGUCUGCAAUGGCGUCGGACUUAAGUUCCCAAAACCACGUUUCCAAGGGUAUCAUGACGUUCUACCCCACUGCUGAAGAAUUCAAGAAUUUCAGCAGAUAUAUUGCAUAUGUAGAGUCCCAGGGAGCACACAAAGCAGGUCUUGCUAAAAUUGUCCCUCCGAAGGAAUGGAAGCCCAGACGUUCUUAUGAUGAUAUUGAUGAUUUGGUGAUACCUGCACCCAUUCAGCAGGUGGUGACAGGCCAGGCAGGCCUUUUCACACAGUACAAUAUUCAGAGGAAGGCGAUGACUGUCAGAGAGUUCCGCAAGACUGCCAACAGUGACAAAUUCUGCACUCCUCGUUAUGAUGACUUUGAGGAACUGGAGAGAAAGUACUGGAAAAAUCUGACAUUUAAUUCUCCCAUAUAUGGGGCAGAUGUCAAUGGAUCCCUAUAUGACCCAGAUGUGAAGGAGUGGAAUAUUUGCCACCUGAACACCAUUCUGGAUACUGUGGAGCAUGACAGUGGCAUCACUAUUGAGGGUGUCAAUACACCCUACUUGUAUUUUGGCAUGUGGAAGACCACAUUUGCAUGGCACACUGAGGAUAUGGAUCUCUACAGUAUCAAUUACCUGCACUUUGGAGAGCCCAAGUCAUGGUACUGUGUUCCUCCAGAGCAUGGCAAGCGACUGGAGCGCCUGGCUCAAGGGUUCUUCCCUGGUAGUGCCCAAAAUUGUGAAGCUUUUUUGAGGCACAAGAUGACUCUCAUCUCUCCUUCCAUACUCAAGAAAUAUGGCAUUCCUUUUGAAAAGAUUACUCAAGAGGCUGGUGAGUUUAUGGUGACUUUCCCCUAUGCGUACCAUGCUGGGUUCAACCACGGUUUCAACUGUGCAGAGUCCACCAACUUUGCGACAGAACGGUGGAUUGAGUAUGGCAAGCAAGCAGUUUUGUGCUCAUGUCGCAAAGACAUGGUAAAAAUUUCAAUGGAUGUAUUUGUGAAGAAAUUCCAACCUGAUCGCUAUGAGCUGUGGCUGGCGGGCCGAGAUGUCGUACCCAUUGACCACUCACGGCCCACCCCAGAGGCGAAGGAGUUCCUGGGCGAGUCCUACAAUGACAUCACAAGCAGUAAUGGUGGGUCUGUGGAGACCUGUGGGGAAGAUGGAGAGCGGAAGAGUGCUACAAAAAGGAUAGAAAGCAAAAGACACAGGGUUUGCCUGGAGGUACCUGACGAGGUUGUACCAAAGGAGGAAGAUGAUGAAGAGGAGCUGUAUGGGAAGCGUCCCAGGCUAAGCCUUAUUCCUCCACGUCUGAUGUCACAAGAUUUCAAAAGAAAUAAAGGUCCACCAAAGUUGGUUGUCACACCAACAAAGCUGACAUUAAUAGAUCCGUUCCACAGGACCUUAGGCCAGAGUAAUAUUGAUGCAAGCCGACCUCCCCAUUAUACCAAGACACGUGCACCUGCAAUCUCAUCUCAGUCCGAGCCAAGAAAUGGGCAUCUGUCAGUUGGUGUGGUGCCAACACUGAAAGACGCUACAGCUCAGCCUGCUCGGAAAAUGGGAGUCGCCAGCCUCCUGUUCCAUAGGACUCUGAGUCCAAAAGACCCAUUGCAAGUGCAGAGCUACACUGUGGAGAAGCAGCAGCAGCAGCAUCAUCACCACACACAGCUCCAGGUGCACAGCUACGCCAGAGAGCAUCAGCCACGGCAUCUGCAGCUCAAAAACAACACACCGUUUCAUGCGCCAGCUCAGCCCUUCUUGCAGGCAUCAAGCUGUGAAAGGCUGGAUCAACAGCCAGAAUCUAAUCGUGUUCAUAGUAAUGUUGUGCAGAAUAAAUCAGAAGUACACAGUCCAGUGGAACAUCAGCAACUUGAAGAUCAGCCGAUGUUAUCUGAGGCUCGGGCUGAAGUGAGGAAACCUGACCUUGAGUCGACCAGCAGGAAUGUUUUUUCUCAGAGUGAAACACAACCCAGACAGCUAAGCACAAUGGCAGCAGAACCUCUAAAGAACAAGAGAAAGAGUUGCCAGUCCCCGUUUGUGGAUGGUGGUGUUAUCCUACUGAAGGACACCACGCCUGUCAGGGAAGCGGUACUUGAUGAGGUGAAGGUUAGCACCCAGAAAUACUAUGUGUCUGAGGAGCAAUCUUACUGUAAGUCGGUGGUGAAAAAGCAACAGGAGCAAGCACAGCUCUGUAAGCUGCCCCGUCAUCAUCCUCUUAUCAGAGAAGCGAACACUGAUGAAGAUGAAUAUUUAGAUGUGGUGGUUGAGCAAGAGGAGAAGGAUGAGUGGGCCAAACCACUAACACAGCUGUGGCAGUCUCGGCCAUAUAACCCCUACAUAGAAAGGGAAUACAACAGGAUCAUGGGCCAGCAGGCUCCUUACUGCUCCAUCUGUCUCCUCUUUCACACUUAUCAUCAGUCGGAGUCCAGUAGUGGCAGUUCCAGUAUGAUGUUGAACCAUCGCGGGGGCAGGCAGCAGUCUAAACCACUCAUUCCUGAAAUGUGUUUCAAUACCCAAAGCAGCAAGAUAAAUGACAGUGGGACAGGUCAGAUGUCAAACCCUCACGUAGCUGAGGAUGGGACGAGUCAGCUGGUCAGCUGUGCUCAGUGCUGCGUCCGUGUCCACACCAGUUGCUAUGGUGUUUCUGGUGAAGAAGCAGAGAUGGAUGACUGGCUGUGCGCCCGCUGUGAAGCCGGUGCCACCACUGAGGACUGUUGUCUGUGUUCCCUGAGAGGUGGCGCACUACAGAGAGCCAAUAACGACAAGUGGGUUCAUGUGCUGUGUGCGAUCACGGUGCUGGAGGCUCGCUUUGUCAACAUCACUGAACGAAGUCCCAUUGACUUAUCUGCAGUCCCACUGUCACGGUUCAAACUGAAAUGUGUGUACUGUAAGAAGAGGAUGAAGAGGGAGGUGAAUGGCUGCUGUGUCCAGUGCUCGCACGGACGGUGCUCCACAGCCUUCCAUCCCACCUGCGCUCAGGCAGCCGGUGUCCUCAUGCACCCAGACGACUGGCCGUUCGUAGUCUUCAUCACAUGCCACAGACACAGAGCACCAGUCCUGCCCGAGCGUAACAAAGAAUCCAUGCAGGAGCUGAGAGUGGGCCAGAGAGUCAUCAGUAAAUACAGAAAUGGGCGCUACUACCACAGCGAAGUGGUCGAACUGACCACUGCUACCUUCUACGAAGUGGUGUUUGACGAUGGGUCCUACAGUGACAACCUCUUUCCUGAGGAUAUCGAGAACCGGGACUGUGUCCGGCUUGGCCCACCCUCCAAAGGUGACAUUGUUCAAGUGCGUUGGACAGAUGGACUGAUAUACGGGGCUAAAUUUGUAGCAUCACACUCCAUCCCCAUGUAUAUGGUGGAGUUUGAAGACGAAUCCCAAAUCACCGUCAAACGAGAAGACAUUUACAGUUUGGAUGAAGACCUACCGAAACGAGUCAAGUCCCGCUUGUCUGUGGCGUCGGACAUGCGUUUUGAGCUCUUCACACAGGAUGAAGUUAAAAAGGCUUCCAAAAGACAACGAAUCAUCAACUCCCGAUACAGAGAGGACUACAUCGAGCCCAGUGUUUACAGAGCCAUCAUGGAAUAACGUUUCCAUUCUUGCCCCAUCCCCCCCAUCAGCUCAUCACACAUCAUGAACUGAAGGUCCAGGUCUCCCAGGUCCCGUGUUCCGAUCUGAAUUAUUAAGCCACUUUUGCACACAGAGUUGUUCUGAGAGGUUUUCUGCAGUAUGACAAUGAAAUCUUCCGUCCAAACCACAAGUAUGUAAAUCUCGUUAUGUUCACACAAACACGGCAUUUCUGAAAACAGGGAUUUUCCAUCAUAAAAAUGCAACACACAUUGUAAAGCACUGUCAAAAACGUGGCAAUAUAACCCUAAUGCUGUGUUCGCAUGUUGGCUGUCAGCGGCAGAACGAGGACAAAGGACAGUGAUGGUUGGAUUGUUUAAGUGCAGAGAAUCACCCCAUUUCAAUCAGAUGAACGUGAAUAUUAUGUGAUACUACAGAGAGAAAUUCUACAGAGACCAUCUCCAACCUCACAAAAGUUAACUUUUUAAGCUGCCAUCAAAGCCUGGGCUUCCUGGUUUAAUGCACAGUGCAAAAUCCCAAAACUGAGCUGUAUAUUGUCCAUGUCAUAAACGAUGGAAAAUGACCACACUUCGCGCCACAGGGUGCCCCCCAUGAUGACACUGCUUUUGUUAUGAUGACUGGCAUGACUGUUUUUCUGCAGUCAACAUGUGAAUGCUGUUGCCAUACAGCCAUGUUGGCUCUGACAAGCCUGGCAAAGAGACAACUCAGUUUUAGUGUGGAUGAAAGGCCAAAACAUGCACAAAAACCUGCAUUUUCCAAAAUAGCUGUGCAUGUGUGGGCUAGUCAUGAAGUGACCAUGUUGAUAAUCGCAUUUGAUGAUGUAAAUGUACUCUGCUGCACGCUGUAGUCUCCUCCACAUAAAAAAUACAUUGAUGUCGCACAUUUAUAACCACAGGUUAAGACCUUGGUGGACUGUUAUUUGACGUAUUCAUCAGUAAAUGCAACAGGGCGGAUUAAUAAACUUUAUGUUCCGCAGAUCACAAGGUGUAAAAUGAACGAGCAGCGCAGCUCAUACAUUUGUUCACACGUUUCAUCAGCGUAUCAAGUUCAGCAAUAAACACGGCUCUGAGUGGAAAAGUGGCUUUAGCUCAUACAGUCACUCCCCGUCAUAACCCCUCACCCCACCUCACGACCUGUCAGGUUACACAAUUAUAAACUACGGCUGGGACUUUAACUUCUGUCUGUGUGAGAGAAUAAAAUUCUUAGUGCUCCUAUUUCCCGUCACACUUCCUACGUUUCUCUUGUUUUUUCACUGGAGGAAGCCAUGGGUGAACUGUUGAAUGAGGACAGGUUGGGCCGUCUGAGCGGGCAACGUCAGUUUUCCAGCACCACUGUGAAAGCUGCACGCAGCACAGGCAGGUCUUCUGCUUUCUUACCUGUUCUACAGUAAACUAUUGCGUUAGAUGUUGUUUUACACGAUGGGUGCUCGCUCAUCUCGCACUCUGCGAAAAGAGGUUUACUGACCUCCAUGUUUGACAUCUGUGGGUCACUUUUUAAAUGCAUUUUACACUUUGUCUGUCCAAAGAAAAUAAAUCCAGGCUUCAGGUCGCUGUAACGCCCUUUUUUAAAUUGGACCGUUCUCUUCAUGGAUUACAUGCAUUGGGCUUGAGCAGCACGGAGGAUCGUGCGUCUGCUGUAGUGAUGGAAGAAAGUGGGAUGAGGUUUAAAGGCCUGCACAUGAUGUUUCAAGAGCCCAGCAUGUGUCUCAUUUGGUUGUAGGAAGAGUUCUAACUUAUUGUACUUUAUUUAUGCCCGAGCAUUAAUUUGGAGGACAAAGCUAUUUUUAUCAUAGAUUUGCUGUGUUCACAAUCUGUAGAAAUCGUGUAUUUAUAUUUAUUAUACUGAUCCUUUAAGUUCUCUUGACACCUGUCAGGUUUUCAGUUUGACUCCUUUAAAUCGGUUUGUGGUUGGUUGGUGUGAAUGCUAAUCUUAAGUCAAAUCCUCAUUAAACCAAAAGCACUUAUUGUUACCUCCCGUCUCUAGGAGCUUUAGAUACUUAGGUGUAUGUUUGUUUUUGUAGGAAAGCUAAGAUCGAGAGGGGGAUGUUGUAAUGAGGUUAUUGGCAGCUUUUACUUUUGUUCCCAUAUUUGGUAAAAGGUGUAGGAGUGUAAAUUUCUGACUUCUAGAGGAGACUUUCCAUUGAAUUUUCUUGAACUGCUUUAA